UCGUCACCGACUACGUACAUUUCCCAGCAUUCCGUUCCAACUUCCUUUUCCUCCAUUUUGCUAACAGUGCAGGUUUUUCCGUGCCUGGGAAUAGACUCAGACUCAAGAUGCCAGGAAGACUGUGGAGCAAGGCCAUCUUUGCCGGGUACAAGCGUGGCCUAAGGAACCAGCGGGAGCACACAGCCCUGCUGAAGGUGGAGGGAGUGUACACACGGGAGGAGGUUGACUUCUACCUAGGCAAACGCUGUGCUUACGUCUACAAGGCUAAGAAGAACACAGUGACGCCUGGUGGCAAGCCCAACAAGACGCGGGUAAUCUGGGGAAAAGUCAUGCGCGCUCAUGGCAACAGUGGAAUGGUGCGGGCCAAGUUUAGCAGUAACCUCCCAGCAAAGGCCAUGGGACACAGAAUCAGAGUGAUGCUGUACCCAUCUCGUGUGUAAUGUGCUGUUUUUGUGUACAUACAAUAAACAAGUCAGGUCCACAAUUUGUGUUCUGUGUUCUCUUGGCAGUUGGAGGGUGGGAAUCCAUCACUGGCCUCUACGGUAGAAUGGCAUGGGGGAGGGGUGAACACAUUGUUAUUUUCAGGGCUAUACAAUAUGAAUUGUUUUGUUAACCUUCAUUCUUUCUUGACCAGUCAAGUGUUUUUACACAAAAACAAGUUACUGUUGUGCUUUCUGAAUAGUGCUGGAAUUUGAGGAUUAAACUCAAGAAAAUUAAGAUUGGACAAAGGUCAAUGUCUUUUUGUUGGUUUAAUCAGGGGAAAUAAUUUUGCCUUGCUAAUAAAUUAUUCAUAUGCA